UGGUGUCCUGGAUCAUCUCCAGACUGGUGGUGCUGCUGUUCGGUACUUUAUAUCCAGCGUAUUCAUCAUACAAAGCUGUCAAGACAAAAAAAUGUGAAAGAAUAUGUAAAAUGGAUGAUGUAUUGGAUCGUAUUUGCCUUUUUCACAACUGCAGAAACUUUAACUGAUAUUAUCCUUUCUUGGUUUCCUUUUUAUUUUGAGUUAAAGAUUGCUUUUGUUAUUUGGCUUCUAUCACCUUAUACUAAAGGCUCUAGUGUGCUGUAUAGGAAAUUUGUCCAUCCAACGCUUUCUAGUAAGGAGAAGGAAAUUGAUGAGUACAUUGCUCAGGCGAGGGACAAGAGCUAUGAAACGAUGAUGCGUGUUGGUAAAAGAGGCUUGAACAUUGCUGCUAGUGCUGCUGUCACUGCUGCUACCAAGGGCCAAGGAGUGUUGUCGGAGAAGUUGCGAAGUUUCAGCAUGCAGGAUUUAACUCUCAUACAAGACGACGAUGCAGUGCAUCUGCAGAGUCCUGAGCCUCGACUACGCAGUGCUUCCAGUGGGCUGGUGGAAAGCAUUGUAGAUCCAGGUAGAGAUAUAUAA